UUUUAUUGCCAAACAAAUGUAUUUGAAAAUUGCUAUUCUUCAAGCUUAUAUUCAAGUGAGGAGUUACAGCACACACAGGUCAUAAUAAAAUGCUGUGAAGUUUUAGUAACAAGACAAAGAGUAAUGUAAUAAUGAUUUGUUACUAUUGCCUGAUUCUGUGUGUGUCAAUUAGUUUGUGGUAAACUAAGGGAAUAUGCACCAUGCUUAAUCUUUUAAUAACUUUUUUCUAAACUAAAAACGAUUUGGUGAAGAAGUGUGCAGCAUGGAGGCAGAUAAUGUUUUCAACUGCAACUAGCAGGUAUUAUAAUUUUUAAUAAUUAGAAGCAAUAUUUUGUUUAAGGUAUGUCAAUUUAAUUCUUAGAAUGGGCAGCACUUUAUAACCCCAGAUAUUAAACUGCCUCACCGCCCAAUCAUGGGGUUAGCACCCUCCCCCUAUGAAGCUCCAGUGCAUGCAUUGCUCGUCUCCCUUGAAGCUCAGCAACAACAACCAGGACCAUCUGUGUUUAGAGGGCUACGUGCAUACUCCUAGAACUGGAGCAAGAAGCGCUUCACCAGUGGGUGGCUCCUGGCCGUGAAGCGGCCCAGACCAUCGUGGCCUGCUGUAAUAGCUGCUGCAAACAACCCCAAGGUGGAUGCAGCAUGACUGCUAUCGAACAGGCCCUGUAGGAAAUCCAUGAUGUCCUGCAAGGGGCACGAACGUGGACUGAGGUCCCUGGCCUCACACCAGUCCACAAACAACCGCCAACAAGCCGAGUAGGCCCUGGAGGUGGUAUGGCAUCCGCAUUCUGAAUGGUAGAGACAACCACAGCUAGGAGGCACAGGCUGCUCAGUCUCACCCUCUUAAUCUCCAGACCAUGAGGCAUCGUCCCAGGAUCAGCAGCAAGAAGAUGGCACCUCCUGCCUGAUGCAGAGCCAUGGGCAGAUCAGAUAUAGGCCACGGACCUGCCACCGCUAGCCGUACCAUUCAUACAUCUACACUGAUGGUAGAUGCUAACUGCUCAUCAGUCCAAAGAAACUAACUAAUCAUUCACACACACACCGAAGGCACAGCCCUCUGGAGCAAUGUGGGUUUCAGUGUCUUGCCCAAGGACACUUCGACGUGGGCUGGGGGAAGCCUCCCUACCCUGGAUUCCCACACCCUCUAAAAUUGUUUGAUAAACUCUGUUAGAGUAUUUUAGUCUUUGAAAAUACGCAUUGACAAUACUCAAAUAGCUGUUUGUCUAGUACUGAUAUUUAUGACAACCUUACAUGUCUUUAAGUAUCUCUGGCUGUUUCUGUAGACCAGACACCUUUUAAUAGUAGCUAUAGGCAUUACAGUUUUUUACAAUCUCUAUGACAGUGUUUUCAAUACAUUUAACAAGUUUCCUAAAUUCUUAACACGGUUAGCACAACAUCCGUCUUUGUAGGCUAUACAAUUAACACAUUUCUUGUUGCUUUGAUACAAAAUGCAUACAGUUAACACCAAUUUAAAAUGCUUGAACUUCUUUUACACACAAGCUCAACCAAGACCAAAACAAAGCAUUUGUAAAUUUGACUGUAAAAUUACAUUCACACUGUAUGUCAGAACAGAUAACAUCAUGUUCUAAACAUAACUUAUAUAGGCUAAAGUCAAAGUGAACAGCUGUUCAUAUUGUGAAUUGAUACACAAAUAUAUUCCCUGUAUUUUAUUCCAUUGCUAAUGAGAAACAGCUUAUUGCAAUUAUGCAAAUAUAUAAAUCACAGCUGAUUCCCAUCUAGGAACCACACUCAGGUGUUGAGGUUUUUUCAAUCGCAUGAUCAUAUGUUCUAAAAGAGGACUCUUUGGGCUGAUCUUGUGAGGAAAAGGAACAAUACAGAGCAACACAAAGAGAGAAAGAAAGAAAGAAAAAAAAUGCCUGCACAAGGGAGAGGAAGACGAGUACCAGGACAAGGGAGAGGAGUUAGAAUGCGUGGUGGCGCUCAAAGAAGGACCAGAGCUAGGGUAACUGAUCAAAUAAGAGCUACUAUCAUUGACCGUGUCAUAAACCACGGGCUACCGUACAGAGAGGCUGGUGAACGAGUACAGCCAAAUCUCAGCCGGGACACAGUGGCAUCCAUUGUCCGUAUUUUCAGAGAAACCAACAGGAUUCAACAUCUCCCUCCCUCAGGGGGCAGAGGAAAGCUCUUGAAUGAAGAACAGGAACUUGCUAUUGUCAACAUGGUGAUUGCUGACAAUGAAAUAAAACUGAAGGACAUUCAGUCCAGAGUUGUAGAAGACAACCUUGUCUUUGGGAACAUUGCAGCAAUCAGCACAACAUCCAUUUCUCGGACUCUAGCUAAACACAGAGUCCGAAUGAAACAACUAUACAAAGUUCCUUUUGAAAGGAACAGUGAGCGCAUCAAAGAACUCUGUCACCAAUACGUCCAGAGAGUCAUGGAGUUGGAGGCCAAUCAAGUCCCACAUGGAAUUAUUUAUGUUAAUGAGGCUGGCGAAAAGGCGUCGCUGUGGGAGAAACAUAAUUGGCAAAAGGGCCACAGUUAUCGUGCCGGGCCAGAGAGGAGCCAACAUCACCAUGUGCGCCGCAAUCUCCAACAACAGUGCACUCCUGCAUAAAUGUGAGAUUGGCCCCUACAACACCGACUGCCUUCUCCUGUUUUUAGAAGACCUGCACGAAAGACUGGUGCCAGAGGUAGAAAGGGGACAGAUGGGAGACCACUUGCCAAUAUAUGUUAUCACAUGGGACAAUGUGGCAUUCCACCAUUCCCGUGCAGUCACAGCCUGGUUUGACGCCCAUCCAAGGAUGAUGUCCCGUUUCCUUGCCCCUUACUCCCCUUUCCUCAACCCCAUUGAGGAGUUUUUCUCAGCCUGGAGAUGGAAAGUUUUUGACCAUCGUCCACAUGACCAAAUGUCCCUCCUGGAUGCAAUGGAUGCUGCAUGCCAAGACAUCACAGCUGAACACUGCCAGGGGUGGAUUAGGCAUGCCAAAAGAUUCUUCCCACGGUGCCUUGCCAGAGAAGAUAUCAGGUGUGAUGUGGAUGAGAACAUGUGGCCAAAUGCAGAAGACCAGGCAGAUUAGAAGAUUACUUUGUUUUUUUUAAUUAUAAUUCCGGUUCUUUUUCUGUUUGUAUAUCUUGCAGUAAUGUCCUUUUGCAAAUAAAGUCUUCAUUGCAGCAAUUCUGUGUCUGUAUUUUUUUUUUUUACAUAAACUGUACAUUUUAUAAAGCUACUCUGAGAUGGUCAUUAAUUUUUUGUAUUGAAUUUCUGCAGCAAAAGAAACAAAAUGCAUGCAUUUACUAAACCCUAAAAAACAAAAAUGUAGAGACUUCAAAAGAAACUACAAUGCAAAACACAAUCUAUAAUCAAUACAAAAUACUGUCUAUUGUAUAAAGGCAGACCUGACACAUAAAAUAAUGCAGUUUCUGUAAUUUUAGCUGAUGAUAGUGUUUUUUUUGUCAUUGUGUUAUG